GUUCUCGGUGCGCAGCUAGUUUUCCUGUCGAAGCCGGAAGUAGUGUUGUGUCGGUGGAGGCCCGGGCAGGCUCCCGGUGAUGAUGUAACCAGCUGCCUCGGCAAGUGUGAGGAAAUCAUGAACCUUCUGCCUAGUAACCCGCACGGAAACGGCCUGCUCUACGCUGGCUUCAACCAGGACCAUGGCUGCUUUGCCUGUGGGAUGGAAAAUGGGUUUCGUGUGUAUAACACUGAUCCGUUGAAAGAGAAGGAGAAACAAGAGUUUCUCGAAGGCGGUGUCGGUUAUGUGGAGAUGUUAUUUCGAUGUAACUAUUUAGCUCUAGUGGGAGGAGGCAAGAAGCCAAAAUACCCCCCCAAUAAAGUGAUGAUCUGGGACGAUCUUAAGAAGAAAACCGUAAUUGAAAUAGAGUUUUCCACGGAAGUGAAAGCUGUGAAACUGCGCAGAGACAGGAUCGUUGUGGUUUUAGACUCCAUGAUUAAAGUGUUCACCUUCACGCACAACCCUCACCAGCUGCACGUGUUUGAGACCUGUUACAACCCUAAAGGCCUUUGUGUUCUAUGUCCAAAUAGCAACAAUUCUCUCCUUGCGUUCCCUGGGGCCCACACCGGCCAUGUGCAGAUCGUUGAUCUUGCCAGCACUGAGAAGCCCCCUGUUGACAUCCCAGCUCAUGAGGGGGUCCUGAGCUGCAUCGCGUUAAACCUACAAGGGACCAGAAUUGCUACUGCGUCUGAGAAGGGGACACUCAUAAGGAUAUUUGAUACGUUGUCCGGCCAUUUAAUUCAGGAGCUGCGGAGAGGUUCCCAGGCAGCAAGUAUUUAUUGCAUUAAUUUCAAUGAAGAUGCUUCUCUGAUUUGUGUGUCCAGCGACCAUGGAACUGUUCAUAUAUUCGCUGCAGAAGAUCCCAAGAGAAAUAAACAGUCCAGUUUGGCCUCCGCCAGUUUCCUCCCCAAAUACUUCAGUUCCAAGUGGAGCUUCUCUAAAUUUCAGGUUCCUUCAGGGUCGCCCUGUGUUUGUGCCUUUGGGACAGAGCCGAACUCUGUUAUAGCUAUUUGUGCAGAUGGAAGUUAUUACAAAUUCCAGUUUAACCAAAAGGGGGAGUGCACACGCGAUGUCUAUGCCCAGUUUUUGGAAAUGACAGAUGACAAACUCUGACCAUGGAAAAUAAAUAGUUUUCCCCGCGUCUGCCUUGGGUCAUCUCUGAAGGCACAUUUCAGGGUCCAAUACAGGGACAAAUGUGAAAGCAAGAGACUUCCCGACCACACCAGAACACCAUGCUGUGUUUGGCUUUUAAGUUGCAAUUCUCUAGGGACUGAAGCAGUUUAGUUACUGACAGUGUUGUGCUUCUGGGAUUGCAGUUUCUGUUCUAGGCCUGUAUUGGAGGGAGAGAGUAUGAAUCCAAAACUUCUCACCGUUUGCAGAAUAUCACAGAAUGAAUUCCACCACUGACAGACACUACUUAUAAAAACUGGACUUUAAUCUGAAGAUCUCAACAACUAGUAAAAAAAAUAAUAAUCAGCGUAUUAGCCUUUAGGGAUUCCCAUUGAACGGAAGGAAGGUAGUCUAGGCACUGUUUCAGCUCGGUGAUAAAUGGAUAAUCCCUGUAACUCUGAUAUUUUUAUUCUUUACUGGAUAUUAUUCAUGUUUUAUUGUAAGAAAUGGUAACAAAAGUCAGUGUAACACUGACAGAUUAACUGGUAAUAAGAAGUAAAUCAAAUUAUAGCUCAGAAGAUGCUGUUCCUUAAUACUGAUAAAGCGACGGGGUGUCAGUAAUAUAGGAAUAUUCAUUAGCCAUAAGGGAGAAAAAAGAAAUAAAGUUAUGGCAUCAGAUCUAUAAUCCAUAGACUGUUUUAUAUGGACCAAUAUGGUGCAGUGUUUAGUUUAAAUCUGAAAUCAGGAGACAUAACUUGAGGACAUUCUUUUAAGAAAAUGUCUCUGUUGAAGAAACCUGAGUGAUCAGAAAAUGCAUUUGCAAAAGCAACUCACAAACCUGUUUUAUUUAAGUUUAACACCAUGAAAUUGUCCUUAUCUUUACUACCCACUUUAACAGUUAGAAUGUACUAAUACCCCUUCAAGCAAGUAUUAAACACUAGGACUAGUUAUGGAGCGAUUUCUGGACGUUCUAUAUAUGGGGAACGGUUUAUUUUGCUUCAAACCACUUUCAUAUAAAAGACUUAGACUGCGACUUUAGAAGAGAGAGUUCUUUAGACGCUCCCUGGUUUAUUACAUGAAGUUCUAGAAUGUUUUGGAGUGUAGGUUUCUGCAUGUCGCUAUGUGUAAUUAUGAAUACACUUUGUUUUGCACACAUUUGUAAGAUAUGUUAUUGCUUUUUAAUAAAAUGUGACCAAAUAAUCUAA